AUGCCCACAAGAGUGACCAGUAAGGUCUCAAAGAACAGUUCGAGCUCUGCACAGGCAGUUUCCAAGCCAAAAGCUGCAAAAGUGCUCAACGCGAAGCCACCUAACAAAAAGAACACGAAGCCUUCUGCUGCUGCUGCUGCUGCAAUUAAACCAAAAGCUUCCCUUCCCACUUACAAAGAAAUGAUUAUGGAUGGCAUUUCGUCUUUCAGUGAUCGCAACGGAACCAGCCGCCAAGCAUUGAAGAAACACAUUUUGGGUAAAUACGCGGUGGGUGAUGGAUUCGAGAACCAUCUCAACCUUGCCAUAAGGCGAGGGAUAGAGGCCGGUGAGUUUUCACAGCCAAAGGGACCGUCGGGCCCUUUGAAGCUGGUCAAAAAAAAUGUCUCCGGUAAAUCUGAAUUGAACGCAGAUAAGGAAGAGCCCAUUAAGCGCAGAAGAGAGAGUGCCUCAAAAAAGAAACCCAAGGUCGAGGACGAGAAACCCAAACUCAAGGAAGGAAGACGCAGCUCUGGUUCUGGCAAAGCUUCGUCUGCUGGCAGGGUGGCGAAGAAGCCCGCGACAACUGCGAAAAAAUCGCAAGCCACCAAACCCCUCCCCAAGUCCGUCAACAAGACUGCAGCGAAACCUCUGGCCAAGCCCGUUACUCGAGUCAUGAGGUCCACCGCAAAGACUAUUGCUGCCUGA